CGGUUUCGUUUCCGAGCGCCGCGAGGGCGGGACCGGGAGGCGCCCAUGGCCUUCGCCCCCCACCCGCGCGCCUCCCUGCUGCUCGGGCGCCUCCCGGGGCCGCGGCGCGGGGCCUGCGCUCGGGCCAUGGCGCCGCCGCGCUGCUUCGCCCUGGAGCUCCCCGGCUGCACCUUGGCUCACUUCGCCGUGGGCAACGACGCCCCCGCCGCGCACCCCGACCCCCGCGUGGCCGCGCUCCUGGGCCCCCCGGGCCGCAGCUACGCGCUGUGCGUGCCGCUGGCGCCGGGCGCGGGCUGCGCGGCCCGGGUGCAGGCGGCUCGGCUGCACCAGCGCCUGCUGGACCAGCUGCGCCGCGGCCCCCUCCAGCUGUGCCAGCUUCGCAGGCUGCUGUGCUACUGCCCGGGCGGCGGGGCGGGCGGCGUGCAGCGCGGCUUCCUGCUCCACGACCCCUGCGGCAGCCCCGACACCCGGGGCGCGCUGCUGGCGCUGCUGGACACGUACCAAGAGGCUCCGCGCCCACGGCUGGGCGAGUUCGUGGGCGACCCGCACAGCCAGGUGUGGCAGUGCCUGUGGGAGCUGCGGGACGGCCAGGGGUGGCGACAGGUGGGCCGCGAGCGCGUCGUGCCCGCCCCGGAGCCCACACUGCACCCGGUGGUGCCCGACCUGCCCAGCUCCGCGGUCUUCCCCGACCGGGGAGCCGCCCGCGCUGUUUUGGAGGCGUGUACACCCUUCAUUCCUGAAGCCCGAGCGGUGCUUGACUUGGUUGACCAGUGCCCGGAACGGGUCCAGAAAGGGAAGUUCCCAGUCAUUGUCAUCGAAGGACUGGAUGCCACAGGUAAAACCACUGUGACCCAGUCAGUUUCAGAUUCACUCAAGGCUGUUCUCUUAAAGUCACCACCCUCUUGCAUUGGCCAGUGGAGGAAAAUCUUUGACGAUGAACCGACUAUCAUUAGAAGAGCAUUUUACUCGUUGGGCAAUUAUAUCGUGGCUUCUGAAAUAGCUAAAGAAUCUAUGAAAUCUCCUGUGAUUGUAGACAGGUACUGGCACAGCACGGCCACCUAUGCCAUAGCCACGGAGGUGAGUGGGGGUCUCCAGCACCUGCCCCCAGCCCAUCACCCUAUAUACCAGUGGCCGAGGGACCUGCUCAAACCCGACCUGGUCUUGCUGCUUACCGUGAGUCCUGAGGAGAGGAUGCAGAGGAUUGAGGGCCGGGGCAUGGAGAAGACCAGAGAGGAAGCUGAAUUGGAGACCAACAACAUAUUUCGUCAAAAGGUAGAAGAGUCCUACCAGCGGAUGCAGAACCCUGGCUGCCACGUGGUUGAUGCCAGCCCCUCCAGAGAAAAGGUCCUCCAGAUGGUUUUAAGCCUAAUCCAAAAUAAUUGUAAGGAAUUGUAGUUACUCCGGGCCAGGUGAUGCAUUUUACUAGAUUUGAUGUUGUUUGAUACAUCUCAGCCCACGACUGGUUAUGCAGUAUUCCCAAAUUUCUGUUGCAUAAGCAGAAAAUUGGAGACCAGACAUUUCAGUUUUACCUAAACCAUGCACUUGCUUCUGACUGAUGAACCCUUCAAGGUUGAGACGGGUCAUCUUCCAGCGAGACCAGUGAUGGCUUUCUGCCUAGUAUAACAAACGUUUUCUUGGAAUGUUUUUUUUUGCUGAGGAAGAUUAGCCCUGAGCUAACAUGUGUGCCCAUCUUCCUCCAUUUUGUAUAUGGGACACUGUCACAGCAUGGCUUCAUGAGCGGUGCGUAGGUCCACGCCUGGGAUCCGAACCUGCGAACCCUGGGCUGCCGAAGCAGAGCAUGUGAACUUAACCACCAUGCCACCAGGCCGGCCCUUUGGAAUGUAUUUUUAACUACAUCCCUACCAAAUCCGUCCAAAGUUUGUCUCAUCCAGAAAGCACGAGGUAAACAGAAGCAACCAGGAAGAUCUUUCAAAUCAAUGGAAGCCCUUUCAGCCUCUCCCAUGCCUACAUCUGACUCCCUGAUGAGACCUUGAUUUGGCCAGAGUCGACUUCUUCCCAUUCUGGCCGCACUCCAUCAUCCUGAGCUCAGCCCCAAAUCCUAGAGCCAAGCGACCCCACAGAACAUGUCUGUGUGUCCUGGCUGUGCGAAGACACUCCCAGGGAGCCGUGUUGUGGGUAGGGGACACUUACAAAGAAGGCAUCUGACGUGACUGAGGCUUACAACCCCCGAGAUGGUCCUCCCGCUUAGCACUUCAGAGUCAAAUAGAUAGCCAACCCAAGAUGCUCUAUAUACAAAUAUACCAACCUUCUUUGAAUUAUAUUCUGCUUAUUUAUAUUGCUUUCCUUUCCUCGGAAAACAUGGCUUUGGAUGAAAUGAGUGUUGUGUACUGAACUAGAUGCACGAAACGUAGCCAAUCCAGCAAUGUGUUUAUAUUGAUGUUUAUAUCAUGUUUCUCCUCAGUGUGGGGCUAUGCUUCACUCAUUAAAAUUGAAGCCAGAAGCUAAAUGCAUUGCUUGUUGUGUAUUUUCAUUACACAGAUUUAAUUUAUCUUACUAAAUAAGCACAGUGGAUCCUGGAAUGGGAUUUCUUAGUAAAUUAUCUUGCAUUUGAAUGUCUUAUGAUUACACAUGAAAUCAGCUUUGAGAUCUGUUUGGCUAGAAAAAAAAAAAAUCUGAGAGAAAAGGAGACUGAAUAGGUAUGUGGCUUUGGGGAGUCAUUUAACAUCAACAGUCCAUGUAACUUGAUCUAAAAAGUGAUAAUAAUUCUUUAUUUGUCUUAAGGAGUUGGCUGAACCAGGUGAUUACCUAAAAUUCCUUCCAGUUCUAAAAUGGAUGAAUCUGUAAAUUAUUUUGGAGGGAUGUUUCAAGAAGACAUCCCUCCAAAAUAAUUAAAUUUAAGGCUUUUUCAGGUUUAUAAUAUGGAAUCUUAAAUUAUAAGAAAGUUUAGUAUUAAAUAUAUCAUACUAUUUUUCAAAAGUACUAUAGGUAAUUUAUACACACUAUAUUUACAUAUAUAAAUAUGUAAUUGGUUUCAGUUGAAAAUAUUUUUUAAAGCCGAUAAGUAGCGUUAGGGUUCUUUUAAGAUGAGAUAUCUAAUUAUGUUAUUGGUGUUAUUUACUUUAAACCUUUUGAAAAGCUUCUGCUGGCAGCCUAGACAAAUGUUUAGUGCUUUCUCUAUGUACCUUGUAAAUAAAUAAACUUGCUGUGACUUUCUGAUCCA